AUGAGUGAGUAUAAAAAGAAAGAACGCUUUUUGCAAAGAAUUUUAGCGUUAGAAGAUAUGAAAGAUAGUCAUUUUAAUGUUAUGACAAAAGAAAAAUUUGAAAAGUUUGCAAUGGAUGUGGAAGACGCGAAAUUUGAUGAAAAGAAAACACCAUUACAGUACAGUAGACUAAAACGCUUCAACAUCAUUGAAGUUUGUGGUAUAAAAAAAUUAGUUACGAACACAGAACCUGUCAAAUAUUUUUUGCCGGCUGAGGAAAUCUACGACAUUAUUGAUGCUGCUCAUAUUUCUAUAGGGCAUGGUGGUCGCGAUAGACUUAAGAACGAAACGGCAAAAAAGUACGCUAAUGUAACAAAAGAAAUGAUUAAUAUAUAUUUGUCAAUGUGCGAAGUAUGCCAAAGGAAGAAAAGCAAGAAAAGGAGGGGUUUGGUUUCGAAACCGAUCCUGCACUCUGAAAUGAACAGCCGCUGCCAAGUCGACCUUAUUGACAUGCAGUCGCAAGAAGAUCGCGGGCAUAAAUUUAUUAUGGUUUAUCAGGAUCAUUUAACUAAAUUUGUAAUUUUGCGACCACUGACAUCAAAAAGGGCUACUGAAGUUGCAUAUCAAUUAAUGGAUAUUUUUUUGACCUUUGGAGCACCAUGUAUUUUGCACUCAGAUAAUGGCAGAGACUAA